AUGUACACUAAAAUUCUAGUUCUACUUGCGCUAUUAGCAUUAUUUGCCCUAGCAAAUGGAACAGCAACGUACUGUGAGCGAUGGAAGUUUGGCUCUGAGUUUCGUUGUGCUAAAGAUGACUAUCCUGCAGACAUCAUUUCAGUCCGCAACAGAGCCGGAAGUAAUAUCUCUUUCAAAGUGGGCAAAUGGUUGUCCCGAUCUGAUGUUCUUUUCGUGGUUAAACUACUGAACUACUCAGAUCAGCUAUAUAGUCUAAAAUCAGGUGAAAGCAUCAACAUUGACUUUAGCGAAGUCGAUUCUGGAUACUACCACCAGCUGUACAUUUAUGAAUGUAGAAUCAACAACCGAUAUGCAAAUUGUCCUGAUACAGUUAUUCCUACACCCAGUCUUGCAUCUGGAGCAGUCAAUAAUUGUCCUAAAUCAGUUACUGAUAUGCCUAUUGCUCAUCUAUAA